UUCACGUUCCUCUCUCUCUCUCUCUCUCUCUCUCUCUCUAAACCGCCCUGCAAAACAAGAAAUCACUGAAAUCAAAUGGAGGUCACAGUGACGAAAUGCGAGGAGCAGGACUGUGACUGUGACCUCCACUACUACUACGAUGCCUACACAGUGUUCGUCGGAGAGCAUCGCAUCCUCACCAUCUCCACCGCCAACUACAUCACCACCACCAGAUGGAUCAAGGAAGUCCAGAAGACCUACCGCCACAAGCACGGACCUCUCAUUGUCGGCGUCUGCGUCGACCGCCAAAGCCUCAAUUUCACAAGCAAUGGCCUCGAAGACUCUCCCUACGAUCUCCUCCAACUCUGCAUUGGCUCUCACUGCCUCAUUUACCGCUUCUCCGACCCUUACUGUUACCGUAUCCCCAAAUCUCUCCAAGAGUUCUUCGAUGAUCGUCGAGUCAUCGCCGUUGGUAUGGACAUGGUCUCUGUUGCGAAGAAGCUCGAAAGGAACCACGAAAUCAAGGUUGCGAAUCCGAUGGAUUUGAAUUCUAUGGCGGUGAAGGGGCUGAGAAGAGACGAUCUGGAUCUACUGCACUACGGUCUCAAUCGAUUGGCCAGGGUCGUGUUAGGGAAGCACGUUUACGUCUUUAGGCCUUGCCGAUACAAGGUGGAGUGGUUCCAGAAGUACGACGGGGGCAAUUACAACUGGUACAAUCCUCACCUUUCUCAUGAAAAGGUGAAAUUCGCAACGUCCGAGCCCUACCUUUGUUAUCUGAUCGGAUCUAAGCUUCUUGAUAUGAUGAACUGUUCAUCUUCGGCUUCUUCUUCAUCCUCGAAGAAGAAGACAAAGAAGAAGAACAGCAAGAAGAAGAAAUAGCAGAUAGACGUACGAUCCAAAAAUUGAGUGCACAUGUGUCUCCUCUUUUAGAAUAAAUUUUCCAGUAGACUUAGGGUUUACUAAAGCUUGGUGAUAUGCGUUAUAUCUUUAGUCAGAGAACUUUCUCUUUUUAGAGUACUCUACUCUCUGUUGAAUAAUGAAACUUAGGGUUUAAGACGAGUUUUGUGAAGCUUUGAUUGAAUUUGGAUGAUAAACUUGUAAGAUGAU